AUGGUAGCUAGCUAACCUUUUCGAACCAUUAUUACAUAUCAUGGAGAUAGCAUGGGAUAUACAUGCUCCAAGUUAUAUUACAACUUUAAUUUUGAGAAAAAUCUAACUCAUCAUCACACAUGAUGAGAAACCAAAAAGAGAGAAAACUCAUGAGGUUCAUGAAGGCACCCUUCAGGUUGCUAAUCAAGGCAAGGGACAUGUACGUACAAGGCAUGACCGAUUGCUCCGCCAGCAGCCACUUCGCCUACGUGGACGCAGCCAUGGGGUGCCCUACCGGCCAGCUCUGCCCUCUUCCUAGAAGCUUCAGUGUUACUUCAUCGGCCCGGUCGAGCGCCAGUGAUGACCACGAUCUCAUCAUGGCUGCUGCUUCCCUUAGGAGACAAGAACGCAGCGGUAAUGGCAAUAUGAAUGAACACAGUGUUGUUGGGCGUUUAGGGACCAGGAAAGUACUUCGCCGUUGUAGCAUGACGAUUGGACGGAUUGAUGAGGACGAGGCGUGUGACUUUUCCGGAGAAGAUUUGGAGGUCAAGCAGCGUGUCUUUCCCCGAAGCACAAGUUAUGCUGCUUGGAGAGGAAGGGCCGUAGGGAUCUUCUAAAGUUCUAAUGAACAAUAUAAAUGUAAGGGCAAAAAUGAGUUAUUUUCUCUUAUAUAUUAAGAUAUCUGUUAAUUUAAAUUUAGGAAAAUGAAUAAUUCGAUAAAUGUAAACAUAAUAAAGUUUUAAAUGACAUAUUUUAAACGGAGAGAAUAUAUAUAAUGAUCUAUGUUUUUCUUUAUAU